AUGGCCAUUGAGUUCCAACUGGGUAUGUUCUCGGCAAUGUCUGAUGUUCUGACGCGAUUGCUGCUCAGCCUGGAUGCGGGCAACUCUAAGAACAUGCUAGACCGGACAUGUAACCUUGUACUCGAGCAGGAGGAUGAGAUAAAGCGCAGCCAUCAGCUUAUAAAGCAAAUGGAGGCUAAGGUCACUGUGACCGAUGUGCAGCUGCGGAAUGUGAAGGAAGAGCGCGAUCAACCACGUGGGGAUCUGGAAGACCAUACGGAUCGGCACCGCGAUGCGGCCAACGGGCGACGAACCAAGGCUGAGUUGGAUCUGGCCAGGACCCGUGUUGAACUGAAGCAGGCCAACAGCCAGCUACUGAAGUCUGUCCAACAGAAGGUUCAGCUCUCGCUGCAGCUGGAGCAGUGGCAGAUGGAUACGCAUGAGCUGAUCGACGUGCAGAUGCGCUCCAAACUGCUCGAACGUCCCGCGCUGGCCCCAAAGACCCCCACGUCUCAGCCCAGCAGUGCAACAGCCAAACUGGCCAAGCGACAGUCUAGCUACAAGCUCUGGAGUUUAUUUUAG